AUCUUACUGGAGGCCGCUGACAGGAAAGAAUUUGUUAAGGAACCGGAAGUAUAUUUAUACCAAGAAUUGCGUAUUCCGUCGACACUUGAUGACGAUGUGUUAGGAGCUUUCAAAAAAAAUAAUACUAGUAGCUACCGUUAGCUAAACAACGAACGUUAACUUCGUUGGAAAUGGCAGCACAUCUCAAAAAGCGAGUUUACGAACAAUUAUCAGAAGUUGUCCAGCUUCCCCAAGAGGAGGCUCCAGCCAAGAAGCUCCGUCUGACCAAACCAAUACCUGCUGCACUUUGCCCGCAGCUCCGUGGAGGCAGAGAGUGUGGAAGGGGUGGUACGCAUACUGCUGGAACACUACUACAAGCACCUGUCAGACACAUAUUUAGCGUGAGGAAUAAAUGCCUGCAACUCCUGAGUUGCCUGGGAAAUGUGGACACGCCCCUAAAUAAAGACGGACAGGUAUUGGUUCCAGCUAUGAUUGGGGGCGGUGCUUCAGGGGUGUCUGGCGGAGUGUGUGUGAGAGAUGCACAGAGUGUCAUCAGUGACUACUUUUCCAACCAGGACCCAAGGGUGCGCACGGCGGCCAUCAAAGCCAUGCUGUGCGAUGGUGACUAAAGGUGUCAUCUGCCUAUCCCGUCGUCCAAUGAGAAAGUCCGCCUGGUCGACGACUCGUUUAGGAAGAUCAGUCACGUGGUCUCUGAUGGAUCCUG